AUGGACGUCUCCGACCGGUCGGUGCGGCUGACCAUCGAGGCGCAGCCGAGCGACCCGGCGGGGGCGCGGGGGUUCCUGGCGGGGACGCCGUUCGAGCCGCAGCUCUCGGGCUCGCCGUCGCGCCCAAGCGUGGCGGCGGCAGACGGCGGCGAGGGCGACGACACCAACAACGAGGCGUCGUGCGGCGCGCGGGGGCGGAUGGACGACGGCGCGGUGGCGGCGGCGGGGCCCGAGCGGCGGCUCACGCUGCUGGCGCUGCGGCUCGCCGUGCUGGAGAAGGCGGCGAGCGGGCUGGGCGCGCUGGGGUUCAUCUGGGCCACCGUGGUGCUCCUCGGCGGGUUCGCCAUCACGCUGGAGCGGGUGGACUUCUGGUCCGUCACGGCGAUCCUCCUCGUCGAGGGCGCGCGCAUCUUCAGCCGCAGCCACGAGCUCGAGUGGCAGCAUCAGGCCACGUGGUCGCUCGCCGCCGCGGGUAGGUCCAGCGCCCGCCUCGUCGCGCGAUCCUUCCGCCUCGUCUUCCGCACCGGCGGCUGCGGGACGGGGAAGGCGGUGGCCGCCGGAGGAGGAGGAGCCGCGGCGUCGUGCGGCCGCGGCCGGCGGCGGGGCGGGUGGACGUGCACGACAUGGGGGCCGUGGAGCUGGAGCUGGAGCUGGAGCUUCCUGUCGGGCCACGUCGGGCGGCUGUUCUACUGGCUGCAGCUGGCGUCGGCGACGGCGUGCGUGGCGCUCUCCGGCGUGCGGCUCGCCAGGCAGGACUUCGGGGAGGCCGUCGACGCGCGGACGAACCGGCGGUCUGCGCUCGACAUCUUCUACGGGCUGGCGCUCGCCGAGGCGCUGCUGUUCCUGGCGGAGAAGGCGGCGUGGGAGUGGGAGAUUAGCCACGGCCGCCUGCUGGAGCGCGUCGCCGCCGAGUGCCGCCUCUCCGGCGCGCCGGGGCUCGUCGCCAUCCGCCGCUUCUUCUACGACGCCUACUCGCGGUGCAUCGAGGGGAGCAUCUUCGACGGGCUCCGCAUGGACCUCGUGUCCUUCGCCGAGGAGCUCAUCGUCGGCGGCUCCCGCGACGAGCAGCGCAUCGGCGUGGGCAUCCUCGUCAACGUGGCGGCGAGCCCGCGGCUCGGGGACGACGCGCUGCGCCGGGUCGGCACGUCGCCCGCCGUCGUGGAGCGCCUCGUGGAGAUGCUCAGCUGGAAGGGCGCCGCCGAGCGCGGCGCGCGGGCGUCCGCGGCGCUCGUCGUGUCCAAGCUCGCCAGCAAGAAGCGCAACGCGCUCCGCGUCGCGGGGGUCCCCGGCGCCAUCGAGUCCGUGUCGUCGCUGCUCUACGCCGCCGACGAGGAGUGCAACCUCCUCGGCCUCCUCAUCAUCAAGAAGCUCGCGCGGGACCACGACAACUGCAGCAAGAUCGGCAGCGCCCGCGGCCUGCUCGACAAGAUCAUCGACUUCUCCGCCAUCGGCGGCGGCGCGUCGCCGUCGUCGUCCCCGGCCACCGGACCCGCCUCCACUCUCGUCACCGCCUCGCGCGCCAAGGCCGUGCAGCGCUCGCUGCAGGUGAUCAAGAUGCUCGCCGAGACGACGGGCAGCACGGGUAAGCAGCUCCGGCGGGAGGUGGCCGAGAUCGUGUUCACGGUGAGCAACAUACGCGCCGUCCUCCAGCAUGCGCCCGCCGGCCACGCCGGGCUGCGGCGGCUCGGUGCCGAGGUGCUGACGCGCCUCGCCAUGGACGCGGAUGCGCGCGAGCAGAUCGGCAGCACCGGCGGCGUGGUGGCCAUCCUCCUCGACAUGUUCCUCCGGCUCGGGGCCGCCGACGCUGCGCGCGCCGAGGCCGGCGAGGCGCUCGCCAUGCUGGCCCUCGAGAGCCCGCGCAACUGCGAGCGCAUCCUCAGAGCCGGCGGCGGCGCCAGCACCGUCGACCGCCUCGUGGACGCGCUCGAGGACGCCGCCAUCGGCGUGGGCGCGGGCAGGGUCCUGACCAACCUCUGCGCGUACGCCGGCGGCAGCGGCGAGCUGUUCCCGCAGCUCCGCCGCGCGACGCGCGGCGCGGCCGCGGCGCUCCGGGGCGUCGCGGCGUCCGACGAGCCGAAGCCGCUGGAGGUGUCGCUGGGCCUCGCGGCGCAGCUGGUGCGGCUGAUGGGCCCGCGCGAGCUGGCCCGCCACCUGGCCGCGGCGGGCGUCACCGAGGCGGGCCUGGCGAGCCGGCUGGCCGUCGUGCUGGCGGCGCACGCCUGCCCCUCGAUCAGGGCGCCGCGGGUCCGGCGGUUCGCGGUGGAGCUCGUGAUCGCGCUGCUGCGGGCGGCGGCGCCGGCGAUGGCGGGGCCGAUGGCCGCGGCGGGAAUGGGCGCGGAGCUGCGGCGCAUGGCGGAGACGACGUCGGAGCUGGAGUGCUUCCACGUGUUCUCCGGCAGCGCCGGGCUGAGCCGGCACGCCGUCGGGCUCGCCGCGCUCGUCGACGCGGCGUUGGAGCUCAUAGGCGCCGCCGCCGACGCCGAAGCCGAGCCUGCUGCGCACGUGUGAGUGUGACUGAGCUAGCGCGCGUCGCCGUUGCGUGCAGGCGAGAGAAGCUCAAGCUGAGGAAGUUGCUGGAUGUGUACAGGAUUCUUUGGCAAAAAUCACAGGAUUGUUACUGACGGAUUCGUUAUUUGAUCCUAUGGAGUUUGGAUGUAAUUAUUACGUGACCAACGA